GAGAGCUCCUCCCCCCAUCCUCUGCCUCAGGGCCAGGGUUCCCAUAUUGUUCAGGGCGCACAAAACUCUGAAGCCUGCCCUGCCAGACGCUAAAAAUAAUAGUGAUAUGAAUUACUCUGUAUAAACGUAAUUACAUGCCACUACAAACAAUGUUUUGAUAAUCUGUUCUGUGAAUGUCAAUUAUUUACGUGCACCAAAGCAUUACUGGAGUAUCGCACCAUAGAAACACCAUAAAAACUGGGGAACCCCUUCAGUUGAAAGCCAUUCUGCAGGAAUUUAGCAGGAGCCAAGAUCCUAAAGAAAAAGGUCAAUUUGUUGUCCGACCUUAUGAGGUUGUCCGAACAGUCGCUCAGGCAUCCGUUACGACAAGGCUAAUGCUGCUAAUCUGCAAUGGGCGGUAUUAUUUUAUUUUACGUGAAUUUAAAUCAAACUAUAAAGCCGAUUUCAUAAAAUACGGAACGGUCUGUGUAAGCUCUGGAGUACAACUGUCACUGAUGCUGAGUGAACGAACUUCCACGUCAACUACAAGCUGGAACAAGUCAGGACAUGUCGCUCAAGAGAGAAGAGAUUUCAUAAAAUAUGCCCUUGCGAAGGGUUACGAGAGGGAUGCAGGCAAUAAGCAGGAAGGUAUCCCGGAAGCGUUUUCCAACAUACUCAGAUUCUACCGGACACAGAAUUUAACACCCGCGCAUAUGUCGCAAGGCCUACAAGAAAUUGUAUGUUUCCCAUGGGGUUGUAUAGAUAUAAAUGAUCCGUCAGUAUACCCUUAACGAAUGUAAACAUGUCUAGCGACUUGAGAUUUUUGUUUUCAAUAAAUUAAUUCAUUAUUAUGAUACUUUUAAUUAGAAAAACAAUGCGAAAUAUUGCUUCCAUCCUAAGGGUGAUCGGUUGAAAGUGACGCAAUUGGGGGGAACAAGUUGGGACUUUCCUUUACACACGUUAAAUCGUUUUUAGCUAGUAGCAAAUUUACCAAAGUUAAGCGAGAUUUAUUAUCAGUCAAACCUUAACCAAACCUAACCGGCUCCUGUAUCUCGAUCAGAUAAAAAGUCAGAAGGCACGACGCACGUAGGUACUCAACCCAGGCGUCACCAUAGUAGGUAAACAAAACAUUUAUUUGCCAAUCGGUUCGAAAAAAACAGAAUGGAUCACUCUCACGGCAUCAUCGAACUCAUCGACAUGAUUUUAAUUUAUUUAGUCUUCAAAAUGCUACCGCGGCUUCCCGAGUGUAUGCAGAUCGCUUUCCCAGGCGUGAUUUUUUGCCAAUUUUUUACCAAAAUCGACGGGUCUGAGCGUUUUUCAAAAAAAAAACUGAGCUGCCAGUAAAUGCGUCUGUUUCGUUUUCGAUGCGCCACCCUGUAUAAAAAUCAAGACAGGUUAAGUCUGGUCAUCGCGAAGGCUAUGGAAACAGAUUUCCUCCUCCAAUCCACCGCUGUUGAAAUACUGCAUUAACAUGUUCUCGCACAAUACUAGCAAAAUGUGCUGGGAAACCAUCCACACAUUUAAACUGCCGUCACUGUUAAAGGUGUCUUCAUUGAUCCAAAGGAUUUGAAAUAAAGAUUCUCUAUUCUCGCGUAUCAUGCCUAACAUAUCCAAUCCACUACAAUACUUUUCUGUAAAAUAGUUUCGUUUUAAUAUCUCACGAUGUUAUUAACUGGCAGAACAAUGUUAAAAUCAUACACUCCUAUAGAGUCUGCGGCAACAAAGUAUCAGAAAAAAUAUCAUAUAUCAUCAAAUUACUCUUAAAU